UUCCUACUCACUUGCUUUUACACACUCUGCAAAAUCUUUUGGUUAAUUAGUUCUGUGUUUGUAAUUGUGGCCUGAGAUUGGUUGGGAGUUGCUGUUUUGGCACUUGUCCAUUCAUUUAUUUUAUUCAAUUCAUUCAUAUAUAUCGUCUCCGAUCCCCACAUAAUUUAAUUUUAGCACUCAGGGACAGAGACACCUCUGUUUUCGCCUUCCAAACACUGCCUUACGCCUCUAGAGAUAUUUUAGGUAACAGGUUUUGCCUUGCCUUACUUCAGACCCCUGUUUUAGCCUAUAUAACUAAUGCCCUGUUUGGCGCUUUCUCUACUACCAAAAAGCGAUAUAUUGUGCGUAUAUGGCCAGGGAAGAUCCACCACCGCGAACGGCGGCGGCGGCGCAGCAGCAGGCGGCGGAGGCUUACUUAACUUUUUCAAAUAAUGAUAAUAAGAUUAUUAAGACGUGGGUGGAUUCCAUGAGAGCUUCUUCUCCGACUCCCGCCAGACAUACUGAUACUGAUAGCUCUUGGAUGGUGCGUCAUCCAUCGGCUCUGGACAUGUUGGAGGAGAUCGCAACAGCUUCAAAGGGGAAACAAAUUGUGAUGUUCCUCGACUACGAUGGCACCCUCUCACCCAUUGUUCAGGAUCCUGAUCGAGCCUUCAUGUCCCAACCAAUGAGGGCCACAGUGAGGCAACUGGCUGGAUAUUUUCCCACAGCAAUUGUGAGUGGGAGAUGCCGUGACAAGGUGUACAGUUUCGUGCGUUUAACAGAGGUGUACUAUGCUGGCAGCCAUGGCAUGGACAUUAAAGGCCCCUCCCCCUCCCCCUCCCCCUCCAACUGUAACAACAAAGGGUCUGAGGCUGUUCUUUGCCAACCAGCCAGGGAAUUCAUUCCCAUCAUUAAUCAAGUUUAUAGAGCUCUUUUGGAGGUUACAAAAUCUACCCAAGGUGCAAGAGUGGAGAACAACAAAUUUUGCGUUUCUGUACAUUUUCGAUGUGUUGAUGAAAAGAAAUGGAGUGAACUGGCCAGGCAAGUUGGCUCUGUCUUAGAAGGGUAUCCAAACCUCAGAUUGACCCAAGGAAGAAAGGUGCUAGAAAUCAGACCAACAAUUAAUUGGGACAAAGGAAAGGCUCUUGAAUUCCUCUUAGAGUGUCUCGGCUACGCUGACCGGAAUGACGUCUUCCCGGUUUACAUCGGGGAUGAUCGAACGGAUGAAGAUGCUUUCAAGGUGCUACGAGAAAGAGGAGAAGGAUUCGGGAUCGGGAUCGUGGUGUCGAAAAACCCGAAAGAAACAAAUGCUUUGUAUUCGUUGCAAGAACCAUCAGAAGUGAUGACAUUCUUGAGACGUUUGGUGGGGUGGAAAGCAAUGGCUCUCAAGAUCAAGAGGAGGAAAUUCAAACAAUGGAGAAUGAGAAGAAGCAGCAGUAGCAGCAUCUGGAUUAACGAUCACCAUAUCAACUUGCCUUUGCCAAAUUACUGACAAGACUACACGUACUUUCUUAAUUUCUUCCUUAAUUAUAUUACAUCAAUUUUAUAAUCUAUGUUUCUUUCUGUUCAUCUUUCCGUCUUGGAUUUUUUCAGGCCCCGAACAAAAAUUA